UUAUAUUAGUAUUUGCUUAUAUGUGUGUAAAGAACCUCUGAGCAUAUUCACUAGAAAUUAAAAAAACCUGGUACCUGCAGAGGUAAGUUGAAAUGAAGUGAAUGGAGAAGGGCAAGAACAAGAUUAUUCAUUAUAAAUCUUUUUACAUGGUUUUAAUUUUUGCAUCUUGGUGUAUGUAUUACCUAAUUUAACAACUCAAUGGAAUUCUGUCAACUCACAAAUUAGACACAGCUGAAGCAAGAAUUGAUGAAUUGGAACAAAGAUCUGGAAAAAAUGAGAAUGCAACACAAAGAGACAAAAAGUAGAAAAUAAGAGCACCUAAGACACAUGGAGGAGAAAAUAAAAAGGUCUCUUACAUUUCUAACUGGCAUUCCAAACAGCAAAACCUGGAAUGAGAGAGAUGUAACAUAUGAAGGGAUGCCAGCCCAGGCUUUUUCCAGAAUGAUGGAAGAUGUGAAUACUCAGAUUCAGGAAGCACCACGGUUCCCAAGCAGAAUAAAUGAAAAAGAAAUCCCCCUUUAGACAGGCACUUUGUAGUAAAAUUUCAGAAGACCAAAAAUUUUAAAGAUCUUAAAAGCAACCGAAAUAAAAGACUUUCUCUAUAAAGGAAUGACAAUUAAACAGCAACCACAGUGGAAACCAAAAACAGUGAAAUAAUGUCAACGCGCUGAGAGAUGUCAACCAGUUAGAACUGCGGUUUAAGAACAAGGGUGAAAUAAACACAUUUUCAGACAAACAGGAACGGAGAGCGUGUGUCAUGAGGGAAGCUCACUCAAAGCACUUCGAAGGGAGUACUCUGAGGAAAAGGAAACUUAUCCCCAAAGGAAGCUCCAAUGAAAGAAUGUUGAACAGAAAAGCUGGCAAAUAUGUGGACAAAUAUAAGCAAGCAUUAGCUGUAUCAAAUGAUAGUACUAAUGACAAACUUGGGAGAAUAAAAAAUAAGGUAGAACUAAAAUACUGGUCAAAAGUAACACUCAGAAUGAGAAAGGGUGAUUUUAGUUCGAAGUAUUCUAAGGUCCUUGUAUCCCAGGGAAGGAGAGCGGAAGUAAACCACUUUAGACCUUGUUAAGAAUGCGUGGUAGGGCGCUCUGCUCUGUCCUAUAAGGUUGCUAUGAGUAGGAAUCAACUCAAGGCAGUGGGUUUGGUUUUUUAUACAAGAUGAACUGAUCAAUUAUUGCUUUGUAACAUCACUCCUUGAUUUAAUAUGGAAUAAGAAUUGAGAGAUAUUUUUGAAUAAGUAACUUUUUAACUGAAAAAAAAAAAAAGAAUGCCUGUUAACAUUUUACAGGUAACACUAAACAAUCAGAAAUAAAUGGUAUAACAUUCUCAAUCAGUAGAGAAAAAUGUAGUUUUUUGAAAGUUCAAUCGAUUUUUAAAAGGGUAAGAAAGGAGGGCACAAAGUUCAGAGAAAGUGGGACAGAGAGAGAACAUACACUGUGACAGUGGAAGUAAACUCUAACAAAACAGUAAUAAGAAUCACUAUUAGAACAAUGGAAUUACUCAGACUGGAUGACAAAACAAAAUCCAACUAAAGUCUGUGUGACAGAAACCCACCUAAAACGUAAGAUCACAGAGAGUUCGAAAGUAAGAGAGAAGAAAAUCUCAAUGGUGAGUACUAAUCAAAAGAAAGUUGGGAGAGCUCUGUUAAUGUCAGACAAGGUAGCCAUGAAGCAAAAAUCAUUAUAAGGGAUCUAAAAGGCCACUACCUAAUGAUAGAGUUCAAUUCACCAGGAAGACAGGACAAUAUUAAACUUGUUUACUAAAACAGCCUCAAAAUAUAUAAAGCAAAAAUUGUCAGCUCAAUAACUAUAGGGAGAAAUUGAACAACCUACCUUCAUAGCAUGACUUUAACAUGUUUCUCUCAGUAAUUACCACAACAAGACACCAUAGAUUUGAAUAUAGAAUCCUUCACCUCAAAUUAGUAAAUACACACGCUUCUCAAGCACGUAAGAACAUUCGCAAAAACUGAACAUUUAAUGGACCACAGAGGAAAUGUCAACAAACGUCUAAGAAUGAAUGCUACAUAGUCAGCAUGUUCUGACUACCAUGCAACUAUGUCAGAGAUCUAUAACCAAGAAAUAACGUUUGAAAUUCCAUACGCCUGCAAUUUUUUAAAGCACGCUGUUAAAUAACUGACAGGUCAAAGGUGAAAUAUUGAAAUUUAGAAAAUAUUAAGAAACUAGACAAUAACACUACAUACCAAAACAUAAGAGGCAUGGUUUAAAAAAUUCUAAGAGGAAAAAGUAGAGUCUUAAAUGCUGCCAUUAGAAAGGAAAAAGGGAAAAGGGAAGUGGAGUGACCGAGAGGUGAUGAGAGAAUGGAGAGAAAAGUGAGCAGAGUCUGUCUUGCUUCGGAACCCAAUAGAAUUCAUUUUCUACAAGCACCUUGGGUGAAGACGCUAGGAUCUGGUUCUGAUGUUAUACUUACUGGUGGUCAGUCAGUGUGGACUGGGACAGUUUCUGCAUCAGAGAUUUCCCGAGAAGCUGAUGACAUGGCAAUGGAAAAAGAGAAAUAUAUUGACGAACUGAGAAAAGCAUUGGUGUCGGGAGCAGGGCCAGCUGACGCAUACAAGUUUAAUUUUUCUAAAGAGUCUUGUCAUUUCUCCUUUGAGAAAAACCUGAAAAAUGUUUCAUUCAGGCUUGGUUCUUUCAACCUAGAGAAAGUUUCAAGCCCAGCUGAGGUCAUUAGAGAACUUAUUUCUGACUGCCCGGACACCAUCGCAGAAAACCAAGCCAAAAACCAGCACCUGCAGAAAGAAAACGAAAGGCUUCUGAGAGAUUGGAAUGAUGUUCAAACACGGUGUGUGAACAGCGUGAUUGUAUUUUAAAAACAUUGAGUCCUCUUUCUAUCAUUGCAGGUUUAAAUUUAUAAAUUUAUAAUGCAGGUAG